GAUAGAUCCACGAUACAAGAGGGUCACGGGAACCGCAACGUGGGCGUCUCAGGAUGCCAAGAAGAUAGGGAACAUACAGAGAUGGAAAGCUUUCUGCAUACGCAACACCCGCAGUCAGAUGCCGAUAGCAAUGCUUCAUCAGGCAUUUCUGAUACACAUGAUUUAGAGAGCGAUGAAUCAGAUGCUUCGGACGCCCCGGAGAGAAAUUUUUUUGCAUCAGCUACUUCUUUCGCCAAAGCCCUAGAAUCCGACCCUUAUUAUGGGUUUGAUAUCAUGGAUUUCAAUCGGCCAAGUUUAAGAAAACAAUCCAAAGGCAAAGGCCGUGAUUUAGAUGCCAUGAUUUCAGACAGUGGCCUUGAUUCCGAAUUGGUGAAUGCAUGGCGAAAUGAUAGGAGGAAGAAAAAAUUUAGAAAGCAACAAAGGGAACAAUUGCGUGCACAGGGACUGCUAGGUCGAGCUCGUCAGGCUCCAGAUCUGAAAACAAAAUAUGCAAAUGGAAUAGACCCGGAAGAUCUGAAAGAGGAAAUUCGACAAUUUCUACAGUCGCCAAAGAACAGUUUGGCUUUACCAUCUAUGGCAAAACAGCAUCGGAAGCUGAUUCACGAGCUCGCCAACUCCUUAUACUUGAACUCGCAAUCUCGAGGUAAAGGAUCUUCUCGAUUUCCAAUAAUACAUAAGACAUCUCGAACUCCCCCAUUUACACCGAAGACCGUCGGUCAAAUUGACCGGAUCCUGUCCAAAGGGCGUCUUGGCCAACGCGGGUUCAAGACGCGGGACCAGAAUUCUAACAAGACUAAACCUCGCCGUGCCCGCCCAGAGUCAUCUGUCUCUUACUUGGAUGGCGAAGUCGUGGGCGGGUCUGCUCCUGAAAUUGGUGCAGAAAACAGAGGUAGGGCCAUGCUUGAAAAGAUGGGGUGGAGCACUGGUACUCCCCUUGGUGCAAUUAACAAUAAGGGGAUCCUAUUGCCUGUUGCCCAUGUUGUGAAGAAUUCAAGGGCUGGCUUGGGAUAAAUUGAACAAGCCGCUAUCUCAAAUAUAAUAGGCUAAAGCUCAUUCCGUAUAUCGGGUAGUACCACCAUGACUACCUUAGGCAUCCCAAGUGGCUUUGAAUGUUAGACUCGCA